UUCGCCGCUGGAUGUCGCUGCUUGAGCAGGUACGCGUGUGAAUAUCAGCCGAGGAAACGGUAAUAAUGGCGGCGACCUGUUCGUGGGAUCCGUGUGAAGAAACAGGGCAGGAUGCUCUUAUUGUAAAAUUUUCUAAUGGACACGUGAAGAAAACAGAAGAGCUGGACUUCAAACUCUUUAAACACUCAGAUGGUAUCAAUCCCAGAAAGAAAACCCGACGAAUUGUGGUUGCAGAAUCAGACAGGCUUCCCUAUGUUGGGAGCAAUUUUGGGUCUGGAUCAUUACAGUGUAAUAAUCUGUGCAGGUAUUUUGUGGGAGUACUUGACAAGAGAACUAUGACAAUGAAAGUUCAUAAUGCUCAGCUGUUCAAUAUGCUUCCUGUUAUACCAGGUGAAUCCGCAGUAAAUGAAAACACAAAGCAAGCUGAUACAUACAGAGAAAAGGUGGAUGCUCUCAUUGAAGCUUUUGGGACGACUAAACAGAAGCGUGCUCUGAGCUCCAGGAGACUCAACGAAGUGGGCAACGAGACUCUUCAGCAGGCUGUGGCACUGGCUGCUACCAAUGUCAUAAAUCAGAAAGGAGUGGAAGCUCUGCGUAGUGAAGUGGUUGAAACUGAGGCUCAGACAGAUACAGCCCUCUUCCUCCCUUCAUGCAACACUGAGGCAGACAAAGCAGAAGAUGUGUACCCCUUUGACCAACUUUUGUCUCCAAAUGAGUUUGAUUCACUGAAGGAUGUUGGAGCAAAGAUGGCAGCGCUGACCCCUGAAGACCUGCAGAAGAUGAGAGCUGAGAACUGUCCACAGACUGUUCUUAGACAUCUUGAAUUACUUCCCAAAGAGGACGCAGCUCGUGACAGACAGUCUCGAUGUGCCUGGUACCUGUCCUUCCUUAUCAAAGCCUCGCUACAGAAACGUCUCUCCUUCAAAUUUGGUAUUGAGGAUGGAUGUCCCCGAGUCAUUAUCCACAAUGUGCUGAAGAAUUUCACAGUGGAGAGUUUCCACCAUGGCAGCCUCAGGAACACCGUAUCUUCGUCCAUGCGUAUUAAACUGGUUGCUCACUGUUUGGCUUUACUGCUGCACAUGGGUGAUCAGACGGCUAACCUUACACUCCUACACAGAGACAUGGGCAUCAGUGAUGCCAAAAUGUUGGAGGUGGCCAAGGCCAUGGGGCUGACCCUGUCCCGUCAGUCAGCCCACAGUAGAGAACAGGCCGGGACACAGGAGGAGCACAGGAUGGCCUCUCUGGUGCUUCCACUGGUGCAUUACGAACAACGUAUGGGUCGCAGGAAACGCAAGAGGAUGAACUAAGCUGUGGACAGUAAUAAGUUUCUAAGCUGGGAACAAACUGUAACUGCACGUGUUAAAAUUACAGUGUUCUUGUAAGAUUGAAUUGAAAAUAAAUGGGAUUAUUCAGUUAACG